AUGAACGUUAUUCGGCUUCAGAAGAAAUAUCGGAACUUGGAACAAUCGGAAUUGUUUGACUUGAUCGACAACUUCCGGAAAAUCGACCUUGAUGAUAAGGGAUGGGUUGAUAAGAAAGAUGUGAUUGAGAAUGUGUCCAAGGAGGGCAAGGGUAGCUACGAUAGCGUCAGAGAGGCAUUGAAGCAGGUGUCGAUUGACGCUUCUGGCCACGUCGAAUUGGAGGACUAUGUGGAGCUUAAUUCGAUUCUUAAGCAGAGCCCUCAAGGAGUUAGUGGUGGUGGCAAUGGUAAUGGCAAUGGCAGUGGCAGUGGCAAUGGCAGUGGCAAUACUGGUAGUGGCAAUAGUGGUAGUAAUCAGAGUGGAGGUUUGGUCUUGCCCGGUACGUCUGCACGGGGGAAAUUUGUUCAUGAGGGUUCUGGAGCUAAUGCCAAGGUACUUAUUGGUACGGCUGGUAACAUUCAUACCAUUAACGAUGAAGAAAGGUCUGAAUUCACCAGACACAUCAACUCUGACCUCUCUGGGGAUGCCAUUGUUGGUGAAAGAUUGCCUAUUCCUGUGGAAAGUUUCCAAAUCUUCGACGAAUGUACAGAUGGUUUGAUUUUGUCAGCAUUGAUCAACGAUUCUGUUCCUGAUACCAUCGAUACUCGUGUCCUCAAUGUUUCUAAGAAUGGCAAACCUCUGAACAACUUCAAGAUGUUGGAGAAUGCUAACAUUGUGUUGAAUUCUGCAAAGGCUAUUGGCUGUAUCGUGGUUAAUGUUCACUCUGAAGAUAUCGUGGAUGGCAAAGAGCAUUUGAUUCUCGGUCUCAUCUGGCAGAUUAUUCGUAAAGGAUUGCUCAGUAAGAUUGAUAUCAAAAUUCAUCCUGAAUUGUACAGACUCUUGGAGGAUGACGAGACUCUUGAGGAGUUUCUCAGACUACCACCUGAACAGAUCUUACUUCGUUGGUUUAACUACCAUUUGAAGCAGGCCAACUGGAACAGAAACGUUUCGAACUUCAGCAAGGAUGUAGCUGACGGCGAGAACUACACGGUUUUAUUGAAUCAGUUGGCACCAGAACAAUGUUCUAGGGAUCCUUUACAGACAGCAAAUCUCCUUCAAAGGGCUGAACAGGUUCUUUCCAAUGCAGAUAAGAUCGGAUGUCGUAAGUAUUUAACUCCAAAAGCACUUGUUGCUGGAAAUCCAAAGUUGAACCUAGCGUUUGUCGCUCAUUUGUUCAACACGAUUCCAGGUUUGGAUCCAAUCGAAGAAAACGAGAAGCCUGAAAUUGAGGAAUUCGACGCUGAAGGAGAGCGUGAGGCACGUGUGUUUACGCUUUGGUUGAACUCUUUGGACGUGGAUCCACCGAUUGUUUCGUUAUUUGAAGAUUUGAAGGACGGCGAUGUUCUCAUGCAGGCAUUCAACAAGGUGAUGCCAGGCUCUGUCAAUGACAAGCAUGUCAACAAAAAACCCAAGUCCGGUAAGGAAAUGUCUCGGUUUAAGGCUUUGGAAAAUACAAACUAUGCCGUUGCUGUCGGUAAGGCUAACAAAUUCUCAUUGGUGGGAAUUGAGGGUUCAGAUAUCACCGAUGGAAACAAGAUGCUUACGUUGGGAUUGGUUUGGCAAUUGAUGCGCAGAAAUAUCAACAACACUUUGUCUACUUUGGCUAAGAACGGUAAAGAACUUACUGAUGGUGAAAUUCUCAGCUGGGCCAAUACCGAGGUGACUAAGGGCGGUAAAACAAACAAGAUCAGAUCAUUUAAGGAUUCUUCUUUGGCCACUGGACAUUUCCUUUUGGAUGUUUUGCAUGGAAUGAAACCGGGAUAUGUCGAUUACAGUCUUGUAACGCCGGGUAACACAGAGGAGGAAAGAUAUGCCAAUGCAAGAUUGGCCAUCUCUAUUGCCAGAAAGCUCGGUGCCUUGAUCUGGUUGGUUCCAGAAGACAUCAUUGAGGUGAGAUCCAGAUUGAUCUUAACAUUUGUUGGAUCAUUGAUGUCACUUAACUUAUGA